AUGUACCGCCUGUCCCCGCUGCUGAGGAGGCCGGGCCGCCGCCGUGAGGGCGGUUCCGCCAUGAACCGCCUGUCCCCGCUGCUGAGGGGGCCGGGCCGCCGCCGUGAGGGCGGUUCCGCCAUGAACCGCCUGUCCCCGCUGCUGAGGGGGCCGGGCCGCCGCCGUGAGGGCGGUUCCGCCAUGAACCGCCUGUCCCCGCUGCUGAGGGGGCCGGGCCGCCGCCGUGAGGGCGGUUCCGCCAUGAACCGCCUGUCCCCGCUGCUGAGGGGGCCGGGCCGCCGCCGGGGCCGGGCCGCCGCCGUCCUGUGCCGCCUGUCCCCGUUGCUGUCCCCUCCGCUGUCCCCUCCGCUGUCCUCCCUGCUGUCCCCGCCGCUGGGCCCCGCCCGGGCCGUGCUCCCGCUCCGCGCCAGCUCCAAGGGUGCAGCUGAACCCCUCAAAAAGACAGCCACUGAUCCCAGUGCUGAAGACAAGAAACUCAACAAAUCCCAGCAGCUGAAACAAAUUUUUAAAGAAUACGGUGCUGUAGGGGUUUCCUUCCAUGUUGGAAUUUCCUUAGUAUCUCUGGGAAUCUUCUACCUGGCUGUGUCAAGCGGUGUGGACAUGGGCGCCGUGCUGUUCAGGCUGGGUUUCAGCGAGGCCUCUCUGCAGUCCAGGAUGGCAGCUGGCACCAGCACCUUUGUCCUGGCCUACGCUGUGCACAAGCUCUUCGCCCCCGUGCGCAUCAGCAUCACCGUGGUGGCCGUGCCCUUCCUGGUGCGCUACUGCCGCAAGGUCGGCUUCUUCAAACCGCCGGCCUCCGGCCCCUGAGCCCCUCCUGCUUCUCCAGUGCUCCCCGCCCUCCUCACUCUUCAGCUGCAGAGAUUCUGGAAAAGACUUGUCUGGGGUCAGGUUGAGCUCUUCUUACUUGUUCUUCCAGGUAAAUGGCACUGUGAAAAGGUGCUGUCCUUGUCUCCUUUCCCUUUUGCCAUUUCUUCUUAGGAAAAUCCUGUUCAGAUGGGAUCUGGUUUGCACUUCAAGUGGGAAUAUUAAUGCUUGACAAUGAGCAGAGUUCUGGGUCUUUGAUACAGCUUUUUGAGCCUUUUUUUUCUUUUCAAAACAGAAUCAUAGUAUUCAUUUAUUACUGUGUAGUUGAGAAACUGUGAGAUUCUCUUCCCAGCAGAAUCAACAAUAUCUCACUCCAUGGGUAGGUCUCUUGAUAAGGGUAUGUAUUGGAAUCUGAAGUGGCAGGUGGGUGUUUCUUUUGCUGGAAGAGGUUUUUAUUACAGCCCUUCUUGCAGUACAAUACAGGCACUGAAGUCACUUCAGUGGGAGUACCCCUGUGACUAAUUAUUGCAGUCAUAAUUGCUUUAGUCACAAUAGAUGAAGCGCUGUUCUGAAACUAUGUGUAGUGCUUCCAUAGUCCAAGAUUGUAUUGUUUGAAAAUGUGCUGGCUGGGAGCCAGCCUUACUACAGUCCUUUUGUUUUUUAAAUGGCAGUAGACUCAGAAGAAAUCCUGAGUCUACUGGAAUCAGUGUAACCAGAAUUAGCUUUGUGAACAUCCUCCAAACAGAAGCAAGCAGAGAGAAGCUGGGGGAGGUCGGGGGGUGUGUGUUAAGAUUUUGAGAUCUGGCUUUGUACUGGAAACAUUUAUUUUAAAUCUUAAAACUAACCCCAGCACCUGAAGUCCAAACAUUCCAAUUCCCAGCUACCCAGGGAAUUCCUGUGCUUUGAGCUGAGACUGGUGAAUGUAGCAAUGAUGGGGUUUUGCCUUUCCUUAUGGGGACUCUGGGUGGUAGAAAAAUGUGUUUACAGAUGUGGACAUCCACAUUCCAUCUUCCAGUUAACCUGAGCACUGAUCCCAAAACAGAUUAAUUAGUGUCACACUGGGGUAAGCCUGGAUUUUGGAUUGCACCUUAACUUCAUCUUCCCCCAGAAAGUCACAGGUUUCAUGUGGACCAAGGAUAAGAAUUCCAAAAUAUCUGAGGCAGCCUUGUUUACUUCAGUUAGAGUAACUGAUGAGCAGGAUGUUUUGUCUUGUAAUAGAGAAGGAAUAUUAAAUUUCUUUUUCAUAAUCAUAAAGCUGCAAUUUUAAAUAAAUGUACCUAAAAGUCAGUAGAAGGCACCAGCUCUAAGCUGAAGUUUUCUUGGUGUAAAGAAACAGCUUCAUAUAAAUUAUGGCCAGAAUUCUCAUGACUUAUAUGGUUGUAUAAACUACUGGCAGUUUGUUCAAAGGAAGUUUUUUGCAAAGUAUAUUUUAAAUUAAUUUGAGAAUAUAUUUUGAAUUCUGGAAUCCUUGCUUGUAAGAGGAUAACUUUUUA